UACUUUAUAUAUUUACUAAAAAAGCCCAAACUCUAGCCCCCUUGCAAAUUUGGGGUUUAGUGAGGGUUUUCCUUUUCAACGGAAAUUCAAAACCUGAAACCAGAUUUUGGAAAAUGGCUAAUCGCAUUCGUCUCCUCUCUAAAGUCACUAUUUCUACUAGAAACAAUCCCAACCCUUUUCCUGUCUUUCCCUCUUUCUCUACAAUCCCUACACCGGAAGAAUCUGAACAAACCCAAAACACCCUAUCAAACAAUAGCAGCAAAGACCAAGAACGAUAUGAACAAGUCAAUAAGCUUCAAAUUCUACUUCAACAAAACUGUAAUGAAGCCGCUUAUAGCCUCGCCAAGUCACUUAUUCUCACAAAAUCUACAUUCUCUUCGCCGUCCGAUCUCUUCUCUUGCUUCUCUGCAUGUUCAAUUCCAUUACGAAUUACACUCUCAGAUAUGUUGCUUUCAGUUUGUUGCAAGUCCAAAAUGCUUAGAGAAGCUGUUGAAUUGUAUGAAUUUAUGAGGAGAGAUGGUAAGCUUCCGUCUCUUGUUUCUUUGAGUUUGUUAUUUAGUUGUUUGGUGAAUGAAAAACAAUUUGUUAAAGUUGUUGAUUUAUUUAUGGAGAUUGAGAAUUCGGGUUUUAGAACUGAUACUUUUAUGUAUGCAAAGGCGAUACAAGCUGCUGUUAAAUUGCAAAAUUUGAAGAUGGGUAUGGAGUUUUUGGAUUCAAUGAGAAAAAGAGGAGUAAGACCUAAUGUAUUUAUUUAUAAUGUUUUGAUUGGUGGGUUAUGUAGAGAAAAGAGAAUAAGGGAUGCAGAGAAGAUGUUUGAUGAAAUGUGUAACAUAAAUUUGGUGGGGAGUAUUGUCACUUAUAAUACUCUUAUUGAUGGGUAUUGUAAAGUGGGUGAGCUGGAUGCUGCGUUUAAAAUGAGGGAGAGGAUGAAGGAAAAGAGUGUUGCGCCGAAUAUCAUUACUUUUAACUCUUUGCUUAGUGGACUUUGUAAGAUGCGCAAAAUGAAGGAGGCGAGAAGCUUAUUGAAGGAGAUGGAGGUGAAUGGUUUUAUGCCUGAUGGGUAUACAUAUAGUAUUCUUUUUGAUGGGUUAUUGAGGUGUGAUGAUGGGAAUGGUGCAAUGGAAUUGUAUGAGCAAGCGACUGAGAAAGGAAUUAGGAUUAAUAAUUACACCGGUAGUAUUUUGUUGAACGGCUUAUGUAAACAAGGGAAAGUAGAGAAGGCUGAGGAGAUUUUGAAGAAGUUUACGGAAAAUGGUCUUGUUGCAGAUGAGGUUAUAUACAAUACUUUUGUGAAUGGGUAUUGUCGAAUAGGUGAUAUGAAUAAAGCCAUUUUGACUAUUGAGAGAAUGGAAAGUUUUGGGCUGAGGCCAAAUUCUAUCACUUUUAAUUCUUUGAUUGAUAAGUUUUGUGAUAUGAAGGAGAUGGAUAAGGCAGAGGAAUGGGUGAAAAAGAUGGCAGAGAAGGGAGUUACACCAAGUGUGGAGACAUACAACACCCUUAUUGAUGGCUAUGGGAAGUUGUGCACUUUUGAUAGGUGUUUUCAGAUUCUUGAACAGAUGGAAGAGAUUGGGGUAAAGCCAAAUGUUGUAAGCUACGGUUCUCUCAUAAACUGUCUAUGCAAGGAUGGGAAGAUUCUCGAGGCGGAAAUAGUCCUUAGAGAUAUGAUUUGCAGAGGGGUUUUGCCUAAUGCACAGGUAUAUAAUAUGCUUAUUGAUGGAAGCUGUAUGGUGGGGAAAGUGAAAGAUGCUUUAAGAUUCUUCGAUGAGAUGAUGAGAAGUGAAAUUAGCCCAACCCUUGUAACUUAUAAUGUUCUUAUUGAUGGGCUCUGCAAAAAGGGAAAGUUGACUGAAGCUGAAGACUUCCUUACCCAAAUAACCAGUAGUGGUCAUAGUCCAGAUGUGAUCACAUACAACUCAUUAAUCUCGGGGUAUGCAAAUGCGGGAAAUGUUUCGAAAUGUCUUGGGCUAUAUGAAACUAUGAAAAAUUUGGGCAUAAAACCUACCGUUAGAACUUACCAUCCUCUAAUCAGUGGAUGUAGCAAGGAAGGGAUAGAACUCGUCGAGAAACUAUAUAAUGAAAUGCUACAGAUGAAUUUGCUUCCUGAUCGAGUUGUGUAUAAUGCAAUGAUUCACUGCUAUGCUGAGAUUGGAAACACUCAAAAGGCAUAUAGUUUGCAUCAGGGGAUGCUAGAUCAGGGUAUUCAUCCAGACAAGAUGACUUAUAAUAGUUUGAUUCUGGGUCAUUUUAGAGAGGGGAAGUUAUCAAACAUAAAGGAUCUGGUUAACAAUAUGAAGGCUAAGGAAUUGGCCCCUAAAGCUGAUACCUACGACAUUCUGGUUAAGGGACACUGUGACCUAAAAGAUUUCAGUGGAGCAUAUGUUUGGUAUAGAGAAAUGGUUGAAAAUAAUUUCCUUCCCAACGCAAGCAUUUGUAAUGAGCUUACUGCUGGACUUGAACAGGAGGGAAGAUUGCAAGAGGUCCAGGUAAUAUGCUCAGAAAUGAAUGUUAAAGGAAUAAUAAAUCACUGGCCCUCUAAAGAGGAGAUUUCUGCUGUUGCUAAAAUGUAAGAGAUAGUCAGCAUUUGUGGGUGAGUGUGAACAUUCAGAAGGCUGAUACUACCGUGCGAUGCUCAAUUAUGAAGAUUUCACCGCCAUUUUUAUUUCCAUUGAGUCAGUUUCUCAUGAUUAUGAAUCAACAGGUGUUACAUUUGUAAAACAAUACCACAAACAUUAAGCCUUGUAUAUCCUUUCUGAUCAUCAUUUCUGUCUAUGUUUUGAAAUUUAAAUAUUACAUUUAUUCUAGACUA